AAACUGUCCUAUUCUUUUUUUUUUUUAAAGGUUUUUUUGUCGACACCAAGUGUAGUUGUGUCUCAUUCUCGCGUUCUAGCUGCGAUUUUUUACUUUUUCACGCUUUUUUCUCUAGUUUCUUUGUAGUUGAUCUGGCCCUCUGGUCUGUCGAAAGUUUUGUUGGGCAGCAGAGAGUAGUGGCGGAUAAUGUCGUUCCAGCACAUCCCCAUCCUCCCGCUCAGCGCGGCACGCGACGAGGCGACGAAGUCGCGGUUCCUGGCUGAUCUGCGGGACGCGUUGCUGAAUGUCGGGUUCCUGUAUCUGUCUGAGACGGGGCUGCCAGAUGGGCUGGUGGCGGAUGUGGUGCGUGAGUGUCGGGAUUUCUUUGAGACGCUGCCGGUGGAGGAGAAGGAGGCGAUUGAGAUGAAGAAUGAGAAGAGCUUUUUGGGGUGGAGCCGGGUCGACAACGAAACUACAGCCCACAACCCAGACCACCGUGAACAACUCGACCUCUCGACUCCCCAGCCUAUCCCCUCGCCGACCGCGCCACUCUACCACAACCUCCUCGCGCCCAACCAAUGGCCCUCGCACACGCAUCUCCCAGGCUUCCGCCCCGUGUUUGAAGACUACAUGCGCCGAAUGGCUUCCAUCAGCACCUUCUUCACGUCGCUGAUCGCCGAAGCCAUCGGCCUGCCAGCGACAUCCUUCGACCGCUUCUUCGACGCAGACCAGCAGCACAAGCUCAAGAUCGUAAAGUACCCCGAAGUCGCCAUCCCGCCGCUCGGCCCAGCGGCAACCGCUGAAGAGAAGCGGGGCGAGGACAUUGCGCGCCAGGGCGUCGGACCGCACAAAGACUCCAUGCUGACGAGCUACCUGCUGCAAGCCUCGCCGCAGGCAGGACUGCAGGCGCAGAAUGCGCGCGGCGAGUGGGUCGACUGUCCGCCGAUAGACGGGACGCUGGUGGUCGCAAUUGGGCAGGGUAUGGAGGCGCUGACAGACGGCGUGUGCGCGAGCACGACGCACCGGGUGCUAUCGCCUCGCGAGGGCGAGGGGCCGAGAUACAGUGUUCCAUUCUUCCAGGGCGUGAGCUAUGACGCGCAGUUUGAGGCGAUGGAUGUACCGGAGGCGGUGCUGAGGCUGAGAGAUGAGGCGCGGAAGGGGAGGAAGGACGACGUCGAGUUCACAUUUGUGAAGGGGCGGUGGGGCCAUCUUGGAGAGGCGACGUUGAUGAAUAGGAUCAAGAGCCAUCCUGAUGUUGGCGAGAGAUGGUACCCAGAACAGCUGGCCCAGAUCCGCGCUCAGCAGGCUCGUGAAGCUCAGGCUAAAUCAAAAGCUGCUUAGGUGGCUUGCCGUUGCAUGAAGCUUGCGACAAUCCCGCCGAUUCGAGUCCCGAUAGUUUGGGUCGGGUAGAUUUGGGAUAUCACAUGUUCGAAGAGUUCUUAAGUUGACUUCAACUCUGGCGGUGUGCUGUUGGUGGUCUCGUCAACACGCAAUGUUAUGGUGAUAUCAUAAACGUCCUCAUUUGGCAAGUCAGCCGAGCGAUCAGACUGGCCUUCGGGCCGGGGACUUUUCGGUGCUUCAUCAAGCACAGUCUGUGAUAGACAAGUACUUGGCCUGUACCGGCUUCUGAUAAACGCUAGUCGUAUUCUCGUCGUUCGGUCAAAUCCAAAUGGAUGAUGAUAAGCCCGCUUUUCCGGAAGUAGUCGUCUAGCAAUAGUUCUGACCAAAUGGAAUCCAAAUGUAGUCAGAUGUCUGGUGCGU